AUGAGGGAGUGUAUCUCUAUCCACGUGGGGCAGGCAGGUGUCCAGAUCGGCAAUGCCUGCUGGGAAUUGUACUGCCUUGAACAUGGAAUCCAGCCUGAUGGUCAGAUGCCUAGCGACAAAACUAUUGGUGGCGGGGACGACUCCUUCAACACGUUCUUCAGUGAGACUGGGGCUGGCAAGCACGUGCCCAGAGCGUUUGUGGACCUGGAGCCCACGGUGGUAGAUGAAGUGCGCACCGGGACCUACCGACAGCUCUUCCACCCGGAGCAGCUGAUCACAGGGAAGGAAGAUGCAGCUAAUAAUUAUGCUAGAGGCCAUUACACCAUUGGCAAGGAGAUCGUGGACCUGGUCCUGGACCGCAUCCGCAAGCUGGCGGAUCUGUGCACAGGCCUGCAGGGCUUCCUCAUCUUCCACAGCUUUGGAGGUGGCACCGGCUCCGGGUUCGCGUCUCUGCUCAUGGAGCGGCUCUCGGUGGACUACGGCAAGAAGUCCAAGCUGGAGUUUGCCAUUUACCCAGCGCCCCAGGUGUCCACGGCCGUCGUGGAGCCCUACAACUCCAUCCUGACCACGCACACGACCCUGGAACACUCGGACUGUGCCUUCAUGGUGGACAACGAAGCCAUCUAUGACAUCUGUCGGCGCAACCUGGACAUCGAGCGCCCCACCUACACCAACCUCAAUCAUCUGAUCGGGCAGAUUGUGUCCUCCAUCACGGCCUCCUUGCGCUUUGACGGGGCCCUGAAUGUGGACUUGACGGAGUUCCAGACCAACCUGGUGCCGUACCCCCGCAUCCACUUCCCCCUGGCCACCUACGCCCCGGUCAUCUCUGCCGAGAAGGCCUACCACGAGCAGCUGUCCGUGGCUGAGAUCACCAAUGCCUGCUUCGAGCCAGCCAAUCAGAUGGUCAAGUGUGACCCUCGCCACGGCAAGUACAUGGCCUGCUGCAUGUUGUACAGGGGAGAUGUGGUUCCCAAAGAUGUCAAUGCUGCCAUCUCCACCAUCAAGACCAAGCGUACCAUCCAGUUUGUGGAUUGGUGCCCGACUGGAUUCAAGGUGGGCAUUAACUACCAGCCCCCGACCGUGGUUCCAGGGGGAGACCUGGCCAAGGUGCAGCGGGCCGUGUGCAUGCUGAGCAACACCACUGCCAUCGCCGAGGCCUGGGCCCGCUUGGACCACAAGUUCGAUCUCAUGUAUGCCAAGCGGGCCUUUGUGCACUGGUAUGUGGGAGAAGGCAUGGAGGAAGGGGAGUUCUCCGAGGCCCGGGAGGAUCUGGCGGCGCUGGAGAAGGAUUAUGAAGAGGUGGGCGUGGAUUCCAUGGAAGCAGAGGCUGAAGAAGGAGAAGAAUACUGAGUAGGCAUGAGCAGCU